AUGACCAUCAAAGUUCAUGCUCCUCGCGACGUUCACACUACCCUCAACUACUUCACACCUCUGACCGACGAACCACCGUACAUGUACGUGAGCGAACCACCGACGAGCGUUCCUAGAACAAAUGUCGGAUCGGACAUCCACCCGGUCGUUGUUCAUGAUGUCAGGAACAAAGAGGACACGGUUGGCCUUGAUACCACCGGGUUCCAAUUCGUCAAGUAUCCUAGUGCGGAGAAGCUCUUUGAAAACGAAGAAAGGAUCAGAGACGUGUAUUAUCCAGAAGUUGAGGAAAUCUUGAAGAAAUACGCUGCCGCAAAGAGGGUGUUCGUCUUCGACCAUACCAUCCGUAGGCAUCCCACCCAGCAUGAGAAAGUUACGUCCACCAACGGUGAUAAGACUCCUCAGCGUGGCCCAGUGCAACGUGUGCAUGUCGAUCAGACCUACACGGCGGCAGAGGAACGAGUCCGCCUCCACCUUGGUGACGAAGCUGAACGCCUGUUGAAAGGUCGAUAUCGGAUCAUCAAUGUCUGGAGACCCAUUCUGAAUCCAGUCGCCCAUAAUCCCCUAGCGGUUGCUGAUUACCGUUCGCUGGACCCUGAGAGGGAUCUUGGAUCAACGUUCGCCGUCCGACAUAAUCCGAACCACAAGUGGUAUUACUUGUCAGACCAGACACCAGACGAGGACCUCGAUAAGGCACGUUUGACGCCUCAUUCGGCGUUCCAAGAUAAUACGAGCCCGAAAGAUGCUCCACAGAGACAGAGUAUCGAGGUUAGAGUGUUGGUGUUCGAUGCCGAGUAG